CACACCCACGCCCACAUCGCAUAGCCCCGCGAAAAGUACUACUGACAGUCUUCGAAGCAACCCUCCGCCUCCGCUAGGUUAAAGGUUUUUCCUUCUCUCUUCGCAAUCCCGUUUCAGUCGUUAAAGUUUUUCCUUCUCUCUUGGCAACCCCGUUUCAGUCGUUGCGUUCAAGGGACAUCCGGAGAAAAUCUCAAUUGUAUAUUCAUAUUAGUAAGAAGCAAGAAAAGGACCUUGCAUAUCAGCUUAUUUUGCCUAUGGCGUCGAAAUUCGGGUUAGCCGGUGGCAUCCCGGAGCGGAGGGUCCGACCCAUUUGGGACGCUGUUGACUCUCGCCAGUUCAAGAACGCCCUUAAGCUCUCAACUGCAUUGCUGUCCAAAUACCCAAACUCUCCUUACGCGCUCGCGCUGAAGGCUCUGAUAUUAGAAAGGAUGGGCAAGAACGAGGAAGCGCUGUCCGUUUGCUUAAAUGCCAAAGAGAUUUUGUGCACCAAUGAUUCCAACGUCUUCGUGGACGAUCUCACACUCAGCACUUUACAGAUUGUUUUCCAGAGACUUGAUCACUUGGAAUUGGCAACAAGUUGUUAUGAGUACGCUUGUACAAAAUAUCCCAACAAUUUGGAAGUAAUGAUGGGCCUAUUCAGCUGUUAUGUGCGGGAAUAUUCAUUUGUGAAGCAGCAACAGAUAGCUAUUAAAAUGUACAAGAUUGCUGGUGAAGAAAGGUUCUUACUCUGGGCGGUUUGCAGCAUUCAGUUGCAGGUUUGCUGCGGCAAUGGGGGAGGGAAGCUUUUCCAAUUGGCUGAAGGUCUGCUCAAGAAACAUAUAGCUUCUCAUGGUUUACAUGAGCCAGAAGCUCUUAGUGUUUAUAUAUCUCUGUUGGAGCAGCAAUGUAAGUUUGGUGACGCGCUGGAGAUUCUUUGUGGAAAAUUAGGCUCUCUUAUGAUGAUUGAAGUGGAUAAACUACGUCUACAGGGAAGGCUUCUUGCUAGGGCAGGAGACUAUGUUGCUGCAGCUGAUGUAUUUCAGAAAGUCUUAGUACUAUGUCCUGAUGACUGGGAAUGUUUUCUGCAAUACCUUGGCUGUUUGCUGGAGGACGGAAGUAUCUUCAUCAAAGACAGUGAUCCUAUUCAUCCAUUAAAAUCCACGGAGUGCAAGAAUUUUCAGAUAUCAGAGGAACUUUUUGAUUCCCGCAUGUCACAAGCAGUGGACUUUGUACGGAAAUUGAUGGUGGAGGCCAAUGAUAAUUCUGCAAGAUGUCCAUACUUGGCUCAUCUUGAAAUUGAAAGACGAAAGCUUCUGUUUGGGAAAGGUGAUGCUGACAAAGUAGUUGAGGAUCUGAUGCAAUAUUUUAUCAGGUUUGGGCACUUGGCUUGUUUCACGUCAGAUGUUGAAAGGUUUCUUGAAGUUCUUGAUUACAAUAAGAAGAGUGAGUUUUUGAAGAAACUGGUGAAGGAAUGUGUAGGUAGCGUGAGCGGGCCAACAAAAGAACUUGGGCAGUCUAUAACUGUAUUCAAAAUCCAGAACUCAAUUGGUGACCUAUUUGCUCUACCAGUUAAUGACCUCGAGGACAUAGCUGUACGAAUGAUAGAAAUGUUUUGUAAGAACCUUCCGCUGUCUAAAGAGUUAGAUGUUCAGGAGAGUAUGCAUGGUGAAGAGCUUUUGUCACUGGCAUGCAAUGUUUUGGUUCAGCUUUUCUGGCGCACAAGGGAUCUCGGCUAUCUGCUGGAGUCAAUUAUGAUUCUGGAGUUUGGUUUGGCUAUCCGAAGAUAUGUGUGGCAGUAUAAGAUUUUAUUGGUGCAUCUUUAUUCUUAUUGGAGUUCCCUUCCAUUAGCUUAUGAACGUUAUAAAUCUUUGGAUGUGAAGAAUAUUCUGCUGGAGACAGUAUCUCCCCACAUUUUACCGCAGAUGGUAGCAUCUCCACUGUGGGCAGAUUUAAGUGAUCUCUUAAGGGAGUAUCUAAAAUUCAUGGAUGAUCAUUUUCGAGAAUCUGCAGAUCUUACAUUUCUUGCCUAUCGCCAUAGGAACUACUCCAAAGUAAUUGAAUUUGUCCAAUUUAAGGAAAGAUUGCAACGUUCCAGCCACUAUCUGAUGGCGAAGAUUGAAGCACCAAUUUUGCAGCUAAAGCAAAACUCAAAUAAUAUUGAUGAAGUGGAGUGCAUCCUGGAAAGCUUGAGAUGUGGAACUCACCCUCUUGAGCUCUCAAAUGAGAUUAGAAGCAAAUCGUUGACCUUUAAUGAAGACUUGAAGUUGCGGCCUUGGUGGACACCAACUUCUGAUAAAAAUUAUCUCUUGGGACCCUUUGAAGGAGUGUCCUCUUGCCCUAGAGAAAACACGCAUAAUCAGAUCAAACAAACAGAGGAAAAUGUUGUUAAAACAGUGGAGAAGAGGUCUCUUCUUCCGCGGAUGAUAUAUUUGUCAAUAUAUUCUGCGUCGGAGUCUGUGAAGGAGAAUCUUGAAGCCAAUGGGGCUCUAGUUGAUUCGAAACUAUCGUUGGAGCUGAAAAUUUUACUUGAGCGCUAUACAAAGAUCUUAGAUUUUUCAUUCCAGGAUGCAGUAGAACUUGUCCUUGGGUUUUCAAGUGGUCAGAAACCCUUUGAGGCACCAAGUCCAGAUCUGAUUGACUGGAUGAAUUUCGCCGUGUUUUUGAAUGCUUGGAAUCUAAAUUCUCAUGAGAUUAAGUUUUCCGAUACAGAUCCUUCUAGUACUAGUACCUGGAACCUUGUGAAUAUUAUGUUUAGGAAGUAUGUCACGGAGACGAUUAGAUGUACAGGGCCCGUAGUGUCUUCUCCAGGAAGUCAUCUUCCAUUCCUGGUGCAGCUGGUGACUGAACCCUUGGCUUGGCAUGUCCUAAUCAUCCACUCCUGCAUACGGUCUUUGCAUCCUUCAGGCAGGAAGAAAAAGAAGGGGGGAUCCGUGGACCAAUCCAAUACCCAGCUAUUGCAUGAGAUGCAAAAUUCAAUCCAGUCUCUCUGUGAUACUAUAGAGAUGGUUACGAGAUGGUUAAAAGAGCAACUCAACACACCUGAUGAUGAAAAGGUUGAAGCUCUAUUCUCCUCAAUUCUGAGAAAUGGAAGAAACGAUGGACCUGGAAAGGUCUUCAAUAUACUCGAGUCUUCUAGCUCACUGGUAAAGGAUGUUGAAGUUGGUGCUAGGAUUCUUGAGGCAGUGCAGUCUUGGAGUCCUGCUGGUGUCGUAAGGAAUAUCAUUACUGGGCAGCGUAGUUUACUGUCAGAUUUCCUCAAACUUUGUGAGUUGAAACUCAAAUCAUUGCAGACUGUUAGACUCCAAUUGUAGCUAAAACUUGGUAGAACUGGUCUGGAGAUGGAAUUGAGUCGAAGAGUCUCUCCUCCAGGUGAUGAUUUCUUUAUCCAUUGUUCUUUUAUGGAUUUCAAUCGGCCUGCAACAACUAUUUCCGACCUUGUUAAAAUUUUUGUAGUUUGUUUUCUCAUUUAGGUUUACCUCAUUUUACCCGAACAUGUAUGGAAAAUGAUAGAGCUCAAUUUUUCGAGAUCCAUCAAGAUUUAUAUUUUGAAUUUUUGUGUAAGAUUGAUCCGUAUUACCCUAUGUUGUAAAUUGAAAUAAAUAUUUUUUUUCCGGGAAAGGUAACAAAAUAUACUUCUCUUGUUGUCAAG